AUGCUGGACGUGGCGCGCCGCUUCUUCGACCUGCCCUUCCAGGAGCGCGCGCGAUACAUGUCCGCCGACAUCCGGGCCCCCGUGCGCUACGGCACCAGCUUCAACCAGCUCAACGACGGCGUCCUCUGCUGGCGGGACUUCCUCAAGCUCGUCUGCUGCGACGACCUCGCCGCCGUCGUGCCGUCGUGGCCAGACGCGCCCACUGACCUCAGGGAGGUGGUGUCGGCAUACGCGCGGUCGAGCCGGCGGCUGUUCAGGGAGCUCAUGGAGGCGGCGCUGGAGGCGCUGGGGAUCCGCUCCGGCGGCGCCGCCGAGAUGCUGGCGGAUUGCGACGCCGGGUCGCAGAUGCUCAUGGUCAACUGCUUCCCGGCGUGCCCAGAGCCAGAUCUCACGCUGGGUAUGCCACCGCACUCGGACUACGGCUUCCUCACCGUCCUCCUGCAGGACCAGGUGAACGGCCUCGAGGUCAGGCACGCCGACACGUGGGUCCUCGUCGACCCACUCCCCGGCUCACUCGUCGUCAACAUCGGAGACCACUUCGAGAUGUACAGCAACGGGCGUUACAAGAGCCUGCUGCACCGGGUCCGCGUGAACUCGGCUCGGCCGCGCAUCUCCGUGGCGUCGCUGCACGGCCUGCCGCCGGAGAGGGUGAUCGGGCCGGCGCCGGAGCUGGUGGACGACGAGAAGAACCCGAGGAUGUACAUGGACACGGACUUCGCCACCUUCCUCGACCACCUCAGCUCGGCUGAGGGCAAGCCUGAAGUCCUUCCUCCAGACCAGGAGACUCAUCACCAACUGAUGUUGAGACCAGCUGGACGCAUCCUAGCCGCACGCAUGUUACUACUUGAUCCCAUCUGUCCGUCCGUUCUUCUUGCCAGUUGUCGGCAGGAAGAACACGUAUGUGAACACGUAUGUGCCUGUGGUUGCGGACCAAGAAGUUGA